UUUAUCAUUUUGAUAAUAGUAAUAAUUAGUUAUAAUAAAUUUUAAUAAUGGCUGAUGCAAAGCAAUUGGAACAGUUAUCUCAAGUCCUUCAAUAUACAUUAUCUGCAGAAAAAUCAGAGCGCAAACAAGCUGAAUCUUAUCUUGAAUCAGUAGAAAGUACUGCAAAUUAUGGUGUUCUUUUACUGCAGAUUUUAACUGCUAGCACUGCGUCUGAUGUUAUUCGAACAGCUGCAGCAGUUACAUUUAAAAAUUUUGUCAAGAGAAACUGGAGAAUUAUAGAUGGUGAAUCAUCAAAAAUCAGUGAUGUUGACAGAGAUUUGAUAAAAACAAAUAUUGUCCAAUUAAUGUUGAAUAGUCCAUCAUCUAUUCAAAAGCAAUUAAGUGAUGCAAUUAGUUUUAUUGGCAGGGAAGAUUUUCCAGAAAAAUGGAAAAAUUUACUUGGGGAUCUUACUCAUUAUAUGAAAGUUAGUGAUAUAAUGGAUCUACACAUAAUAAAUGGAGUUCUUCAAACAGCACAUUCUUUAUUUAAAAGAUUUCGUUAUGAAUUUAAAUCUCAAGACCUUUGGGUUGAGUUAAAGUUUGUUUUGGAUAAUUUUGCCUCUCCUCUUCUUGAUUUAUUUGAAGCAAUGAUAUGUCGUAUAUCAAGUUUGUUAAAUAAUCAAAAAGAACUCAGCAUGAUAUUUGAUAUACUGACAGUUAUUUGUAAAUUAUUCUAUACUCUUAAUUAUCAGGAUUUACCAGAGUUCUUUGAAGAUAACAUGAAACGAUGGAUGGAACCAUUUCAUAUGCUCAUUGUGACGCCUUUUGAUAUACUUGUUGAUAAAGACUCGGACGAACCAGGUCCUUUGGAAAAAAUUCGCUCACAGAUUUGUGAUAAUGUUGCACUUUAUGCUCAAAAAUACGAUGAAGAAUUUCAAGCUUUCUUACCAAAUUUUGUUCAAGCUAUAUGGAACUUGUUAACCUCAACUGGAAGUAAUGUUAAAUUUGAUAUGCUUGUUAGUAAUGCAAUACAGUUUCUUGCUUCUGUGUGUGAACGACCUCACUACAAAGAUUUGUUUUCUUCACCAGGCACUUUACAGAGUAUUUGUCAAAAUGUGAUUGUUCCAAAUAUGUUGUUUCGUGAAGCAGAUGAAGAAUUGUUUGAAGAUAAUCCUGAAGAAUACAUUCGUAAAGAUAUAGAAGGUUCUGAUCUUGAUACACGAAGAAGAUCAGCAUCGGAUUUAGUUAGAGGCCUGUGUAAAUUUUAUGAAAAGGAAGUUACAGAUAUUUUUUCGCAAUAUGUAAAUGCCAUGCUUCAGCAGUAUGUACAAAAUAAAAAUUGGAAAUCUAAAGAUGCUGCGAUAUAUAUUGUUACUUCCAUAGCGGCAAAGAAAUCAACAUCAAAGCAUGGUACUACAGAUACUAAUUCACUUGUUAACUUAGAUGGAUUUUUUAAUGAACAAAUUGCACCAGAUUUAGUUUCAAGUAAUAUUGAUGAGUAUCCAGUGUUGAAGGCUGAUGCUGUGAAAUAUGUAAUUACAUUUAGAAAUAUUUUAUCAAGAGACCUGUUGUAUAGCUGCUUUCCACCACUAACAAGACUGCUAACUUCAAAAAGUAAAGUGGUUCAUAGCUAUGCAGCUAAUGCUAUUGAAAGAUUACUCACUAUUAAGAGUUCAGCUGGAGUGCCUGCUUUUACUGGCAAUGAUCUUAUGCCUUACAGAGAUGCUCUCUUUAUGAAUCUAUUUUUGGUACUAGAAACUCCAGGAUCUUUAGAAAACGAGUAUGCCAUAAAAGCUAUAAUGCGUGUAUGUACAGUUGUUCAAGAAGGAAUUGCACCAUUAGUCCCUGUUAUAAUAUCAAAACUUUCCGAAAAACUUAAAGAAGUUUGUAAGAAUCCCAGCAAGCCACAGUUCAAUCAUUAUUUGUUUGAAAGUAUUUGCUCAUUAAUCAGAGGUCUGGGAAGUGUUAAUCAAACUGCUGUAUCAACUAUAGAGGAAGCUUUGUUUCCUGUUUUUCAAAUAAUUUUACAGACUGAUGUGACAGAGUUUCUUUCUUAUGUAUUUCAAGUUUUGUCCCUUGCUCUUGAGUUAAGAGGAGAGGGGGUCAAAGGACCUUAUAUGGACUUAUUUCCAAUGCUUUUAACCCCAGUAUUAUGGGAAAGACAAGGUAAUGUUCCAGCUCUAAGAAAACUUUUACAAGCUUAUGUUAAGCGUGGUGCUAAAGAGAUAGUUUCCACCGGAACUUUGAUGCCUUUGUUAGGAGUGUUUCAAAAGCUUAUAGCUUCUCGAACGAAUGAUCAUGAAGGAUUUUACAUUCUCGGAUCAAUUGUGGAAUAUGUUCCAUGGGCAGCCAUGGAAGCAAAUUAUAAACAAAUAUUUAUGUUACUUUUUCAACGUCUUCAAACUUCAAAAACAACAAAAUAUGUUAAAGGUUUUCUUGUUUUUGUUUCCCUGUUUUCUGGCAAACACACCUCUAAUGUUCUACAAACAAUUAUUGAUGGAAUUCAGCCAAAACUUUUUGGAAUGAUGGUUGAGAAGUUAUUUGUUGCUGAUCUUCAAAAGAUAAGUGGCAAUAUUGAAAGAAAGAUUUGUGCAGUUGGUGUGACAAAGAUAUUAACAGAAGCACCAGCAAUGUUAACAGAGUAUCAAGAUAAAUGGGUACCUUUGUUGCAAGCAUUAAUAGGAUUGUUUGAAUUACCAGAAGAUGAUACUAUUCCUGAUGAUGAACAUUUCAUAGAUGUCGAAGAUACUGCAGGUUACCAAACAGCAUUUUCUCAGUUAGCAUUUGCAAACAAAAAAGACCAAGACCCUUUCCAAGAAAUUCCUGAUCCAAAGGAAUAUUUAGCAAAACAAUUGUAUCGUUUAUCACAUUCUCAACCUGGCAAGAUAUCAGUUUUAAUAUCGAAAGGUUUAAACCCCGACGCCACAAGGUUUUUGCAGGGAUACUUAAGUCGAGCUCAAGUUCAACUUGUCUAAAGUCUUAAAUAAAAAUGUCCGAAUUAAAAAUCAACUGCUACUGUUGUAUUAGAUACAUAACAUCGCCCCUAAUAGUAAAUACAUACGGAGGCUGUAAUCAAACACGCAAGAUUUAUUCAAAGUGAUCAAAAAACUUGUGUUUGCUAUUUCAUGGUUUUCGAAAAAUUGUGUUUAGAUGAAAUAUUUUUUCGUACGUUUUUAUGGAGAAACAAAUCGAACGUUUAAUGUCUGUGAAAUGUAGUUUUUAAACAUCAACUUAAAACAUGUUCCUCAAGAAACUAGGCGAUUUUUGUUUCUACCGGGAUCAAUUAAAUUAUUAACAUCGAAACAAUGUAUUAAUUAUACAAAUAAAUUAGUUUUUUAGUUAA